AUAAUACUACAACAUCGAAUUGGCAAAAAGAUUUUUCCUUUUGAGUGAUAGGGAAUCUGUGCUCACCAUGUGUUUGUUCUUUUGCGGCCCCCACUAUCGCACACACCACUCCCACCACCACCACCACCCCCAAAAAAGAAAAUGCCACCUCUCUUUCUCUUUCUCUUUCUCUUUCUCUUUCAUUCCAACCUUCCCUCCACCCCUUCUCAUUUUGCCAUAUUAAAUAAUUUUAUACGCCCCUUUGAAUUUUUUAUUCCAUUUCGACCCUGGACUUCCUCCCAUUCCAUACCCCCUCCCCCCGUUUCCCCUCGACUCGUGUGCUGUUAUUGUUAUAUCCUUUUAUUAUAUUAUAAAAAAUUUACUUACCUGCUGCUUGUGUGUACAUAUUUAUGCUCGCCGGCGAUGCCAACGCCGGUCGGCACAGCCAGGCAAUGCUUAACCGAGGAGGCGGCGCGUGCGCUCGACGAUGCGGUGGCCGUCGCCCGCCGCCGCAGCCACGCUCAGACCACCUCUCUCCACGCCGUCUCCGCGCUGCUGGCUUUGCCGUCGUCGCAGCUCCGGGAGGCGUGCGCACGCGCUCGGAGCUCGGCCUACUCGCCGCGGCUGCAGUUCCGGGCGCUGGAGCUCUGCGUCGGCGUGUCACUCGACCGGCUGCCGACGGUGAAAGCUCUGGAGGAGCCGCCGGUGUCGAACUCGCUCAUGGCGGCGAUCCGGCGGUCGCAGGCGAACCAGAGAAGGCAACCCGAGACGUUCCACUUGUACCAGCAGAUGCAGCAGCAGCAACAGCAAAGUAGUCAAUCGUCGGUGUUGUGCGUAAAGGUCGAGCUCAAGCAUUUUAUGCUCUCGAUUCUGGAUGACCCGAUUGUGAGCCGGGUAUUUGGGGAAGCGGGUUUCCGCAGCUGUGAUAUCAAGCUCGCCAUUCUCCAUCCUCCGCCGAGGUUCUCGCGGUCUCGGUGCGCGCCUCUGUUUCUCUGCAAUUUCCCCGAUGCGGACUCUUCUUCUCUACCCGGUUUCAAGUUCCCCUUCGCCGGCGUUUCCACGUUCGAAACCGAAGACGGAAACAGCCGAAGAAUUGGUGAGGUUCUGUUAAAGAAAAAGGGCAAAAAUCCUUUACUGAUUGGAGUUUGCUCCAAGGAUGCGCUCUCUAGCUUCCUAGCCUGCGUUCGAACAGGGAAAAACGGCGUAUUGCCAUCUGAAAUUGAGGGUUUGAGCGUCGUCUCUAUCUCGACAGAGAUUUCCGAGUUCGUUGCCAAAGCGGGAAGUCAUGAAGUGAAGCAAAUGAUUGAUUUGAAGCUCAAAGAAGUAAGUGAUUCAGCGAAGAAUCGUUCCGGGCCUGGGGUCGUUGCUAAUAUCGGCGAAUUGAAUGUUUUAAUUGGCGAUGGCGCUUCGGAUGAUUCUGUGAAGUAUGUGGUUUCUCAAUUGACUGGCUUGGUGGAGAUUCACGGCGAGAAGUUGUGGUUGAUUGGAGCAACUGAGAGUUACGAGACAUACGCUAAGAUGUUGGCUCAAUUUCCUGCAAUUGAGAAAGAUUGGGAUUUGCAUCUGUUGCCAAUCACAAGUUCAAGACCUUCAAGUGCAGGAUUAUCUUCGAAACCCAGCUUGAUGGGGUCAUUUGUUCCACUUGGUGGGUUCUUUUCUACUCCGACCGAGUACAAGAAUAUAUUAAGCAGCACAAGUCAGUGUACUCGUUGUGAUGUCUGCAAUGAAAAGUAUGAGCAAGAAGUUUCUGCCAUAUUGAUGGGAGGAUCCACUACAUCGGUUGCCGGUCAGUACUCAGCAGGCUUGUCUUCUUGGUUGCUGACAAAUGAAUGUGGCACAAGCAAGAGAAAGGAUGUUGUAAAGGCCAAGGAUGAUGGAACGGCAUUGAAUGCAAAACUGAUGGGUUUACAGAGGAAAUGGAAUGAUUUCUGCCUGCGUCUUCAUCCCACUAGGUCAUUCCAUCCUGCAAUUUUGCAGACUAGGCCAGAAGUUCAACCUUUGGAUGCUUCUCAGUUUAUUUCAGAUAGGAAGGCAAGUAGCAGCAAAUAUUCAUCUUCAAAUGAAAGCAGACCCUCCAAUCUAAUUUCUUCCGUGCCAAUGGACUUGCAGAAGGUUUCUGCCCAGAGACAAACCAUAACCUUUCCAGUGGCUUCCGAAACUGGAAAAGCUAAUUCCCAAACCAAGCUACCGGUAGAAGCCCCAAAUAGUCAUCAGCUAGAGAUGGAAAUCCCCUGGCCUACCGCUUACCCUGUAUGCAGUUUGGGCCUCCCCUCUGAUCGUACAUCACCAUCAUCAGUUACUUCUGUGACCACAGAUUUGGGGUUGGGAACAAUUUAUGCAGUGUCUGGUCCAGAAACUGGACUAUCCAAAUUUGAGGAUCAUAAGAGUCGGCUCCAUUACUUCUCGGGUUCUGUUACUGCAGGUUUUGAUGCAGUCAGUGAGAAUGCAUCAAAUCAUAUUGCCUCUCCUUCAUCCUGUUCUGGUCCUGAGUUGGGAGGGCAUGUGGACUUGAAAGAUUUCAAGUCCCUUUGUAGAGUACUGAUUGAAAAGGUUGGCCGGCAAGGUGAAGCCAUUUCUACUGUUAGUCAAGCUAUAUCCCGUUGCAAAACUGGCCAUGGAAGACUUCGUGGCACAAACCAGAAAGGAGACAUUUGGGUCAGCUUUCUUGGACAAGACAAGUUGGGAAAGAAAAGAGUUGCCGAAGCACUUGCUGAGGUAAUAUCUGGGAGUAGGGAAAGUUUAUUCUCUGUUGAUCUGAGCUUUGAAGAUGGAAUGAGCACUUCAUACUCCAUCUUUGACCGUCACGAUUUAAAUAAGUAUGGUGUAAAGUUAAGGGGAAAAACAGUUGUCGAUUAUAUUGCUGAGGAAUUGAGCAGGAAACCUUGCUCGGUUAUGUUUCUUGAAAAUGUAGACAAAGCUGAUUUGCUGGCUCAGAAUAGUUUGUCUCAGGCUAUCAAAACUGGUAGAUUUCCCAAUUCACAUGGGAAAGAAAUCAGUACCAACAAUGUGAUCUUUGUCACCACAGCAGAUACCAAAUGGGUUAAUAAAGGAGAUACUUCUGAGGAAGACCAUGUCAAAUUUUCUGAGGAAAGAAUAUUGGGAGCCAAAGCCUGGCAAAUGCAAGUUUUAGUUGGAUGUGUUGCUGGAGAUGCCAGUACAACCUCCUGUAACAGGGUGAACGUUGUGUCGAUUAUGCGAGGGAAGGGAAAUGCCAAGGCAGUGGUAUCUGUCAGCAAACGGAAGCUGAUCGACAUGAACGAGUCCAUGGAGCUGGAGAAGAGCCUGGACUUACCAAAACGGGCUUCUAAGGCAGCAAAAUGCUUCCUGGAUUUGAACCUUCCAGUGGAAUCAGAAGACAAUGAUUGUGCAGACUACGAGGGUGACUACUCCAGCUCGGAAAACUCAGAAGUUUGGUUGGAAGAUUUCUUGGGUAAAAUGGACGAAAGGGUUGUGUUUGAGCCCUUCAAUUUUGAUUCGGUUGCAGAAGAAGUGCUGAAAGAAAUCGGGGGAUGCUUCCAGAAGAUAGUGGGAUGCUGCGAGGCUUCGCUGGAGAUCGAUGAGGAGGUGAUGGUGCAACUGCUUGCCGCAGCCUGGCAAUCAGACACAAAGAGGGCAGUGGAGGACUGGGUGGAAGGGGUUCUCAGCAGGAGCUUUGCAGAAGCCAAGCGGAGGUACAGCAUCACUGCUCGCUCUGUUGUAAAACUGGUUCCUUUCGUAGAACAAGGCCGCCGCCGCCUUUUAAUGGAGCCUGGAGGAUCAUCCUCAUGCCUUCCCACUAGAAUUAUGCUCAAUUGAAAUCAAAGUUCCUUCUUUGUUUUUGGCGGUUGCUUGUCUUAAAAAAAAGUUUAAAACUGCUUUUCUUUGUAACUAGUAGCAUGUAUAAAGUAAAGAUGUAGCUCCCCCUCUCGCUCUCCCUCUCCAAAUACCCUUCCUUUGCCUUGGUAACGCCACUUACAGUUUUAGGGGCCCCCCUUCAGAAAAUUUUUGUUGCAUGUAAACUGCUCCUGUAUAAUAGAUAAUUCUUAGUUCUCA